AUGAUAGAGGAAUUUGGUCAUCAGCCACCAUAUAAAUGGUUAACUCUACCAGAUAUAGGUUACGUGAUAGCGAAUCGUUAUAAUGUUGUACUUGUCUGUUUAGGAAUUGAAUGCUGGACUUUCUUCCCUAUGACAUCUUCAUUUUCACCGAAGGUAGCAAUUUACUGCAUUGGUUUUGUAAACAGAAAUCAUUGGGUAAACAUGAAAGAAGGGUUUCUAUUGCCACCAGUGACAGUAGAUUGGAAGAAGUUUCGUUCUCCAGCAGCAACAUCUUGGAUGAUAGGAUUUGCAGGACGUCUACAACAUUGGCAAUAA